UUACCCGAUCCAUGAUUAAUUAGUUUCAACAAUUCCCUUUAUUCCUCACAUUCAAGUACAGGGAAUAGGAAUACUGAGGAUUGAAUCAAAUAUAAUCGUGAUUAACAUAAAAUGCCGCAAUAAAUUAUGAAUUUAAUCCUCGUCGUCUUCCUUUCCUUGUCUCUCGGUACCUCUAAAGACCAGACUACCUCAGCACAAAAGUCUGACUUAAAGGAAAAUACUGAUUCUUCAAACCUCCUUGAAACCGAUGAGGAGAAAGAAAUAAAAGAAGGAAAGGAUGGAACAUCUGAAAAAAGCGAUGUUCCUGGUUAUGACUACAGUAAUAUGAUGGGAGAUAUGGGAAAUAUGAAAGAAAAGGGACAUAUGGGAGAUAAGGGAGAUAUGGGACAUAAGGGAGAUAUGGGACAUAAAGGAGAUAAGGGAGAUAUGGGAGAUAAGAAAACUUAUGAUGAUGAUUAUUACAAGGCUGACGCGGAAAAGGAGUGUGCAGAACAAUGGUCCUAUUCCUACCCAGACCAAGAUCCAUGCGAAGUUUUUAAAAUAACAAUAGAAGAAGGAACAGUGGAUGAGAGAGUUUGUCAAUGUGACUUUGGACAGUGCAAGUAAUAUAUCUACUGUAUU